AUGUCCAGACGUGCUCAUUCAUCCUCUCCUCCGUCUUCUCCCCGGCUGGCGAAGCGACCAAGGCUUGAUUUCGAGCCAUUAACAUCGGAGGACUACAAGAAUGGGAUUGUGCUCGCUCCCAUGGUCAGAUCCGGCGCAUUACCGACCCGGUUAUACGCAUUGAAGCAUGGAGCCUCUCUGGUGUGGGGACCGGAGACUAUCGACAAAGCUAUUUUGCACACGACCCGGGAAGUUGACCCAUCGACUGGUGUGAUAUCUUACGUUGGCAAAACCAAAGCGAUCUUCACUACCCAUCCCAUUGAGAAACCUUACUUGAUCUACCAAAUCGGCUCGUCCGACCCCGAAACCGCAGUGCAGGCAGCGAAGAUGGUCAUGCAAGACGUUGCAGGCUUUGACUUGAACUGCGGCUGCCCGAAGCCGUUCUCGACGCACGCCGGGAUGGGUGCCGCGUUAUUGAGCAAUCCAGACCUCCUAUGCUCCAUCCUCACUUCUCUCCGAGAGGCGAUGCCGCCAGAGAUCUCCAUCUCUGCGAAGAUCAGGCUGCUUCCCACCCAGGAGGAGACGUUGAAGUUGGUCGAGCGGAUAAUCGACACGGGUGUGAGCGCGCUGACGGUCCACUGCCGCACGCGCAGCAUGCGCAAGCGCGAACCUGUGCUGAUCGAGCGGUUGCGCGAAAUUGUGGAGUUCGUCGAGCGACUGGGGCGCGGGGUGGCUGUCAUUGAAAAUGGCGACUGUGAGGGCUUUGAGGACGCGCUACGCAUACGACAAGUGACAGGAGCACAUUCGGUAAUGAUUGCCACUGCUGCUGAGGCCAAUCCGACUUGCUUCUCUCCAACACCUUUGGUCGACCUUGAGAAGACUUUCAUUCCUGCAUACAUCCGGCUAUGCAAACACCUCAAUAACCACUGGUCGUCGACCAAGUUCUGCACCUCCCAGUUCAAAGGUCCGCACGUUACCGCGUCGAAAGCGGACCUCAAGGCAAUUCGCGAUGCCAUCCAACAUGCGAAGUGCUACGAAGACAUGGACGCGCACGCCGUGCCCUGGACAGGCGAAGAAGAGUUCCAGGAGAUCGUCAACGUGCUCGAGAGCCGGAGACGACCAUAUGCGCCACUGCUUCUGCCACCGACGAAUAGCACGACUGAGACUUUUGAGACCCAGUCGCAGCAGGACGAGAUGCAGAUCUCACAGAACACAACACCUGUGGAGGUGGAUGAUGAUCUGAAGACGCCACCAAUAGGCACGCCGGACCCGUCGGUACUGCGAGCACCGCUGAUGCCGGCGAACGAGCUGCGGAUGCCAAUGCCCGCUUUCAUCACAGGCGAAUUGACGACCCCCACUCCGACGCCCAGCGCCUCGCAGUCUACCAUGUUCUUAGUAUAA